CACCCAAGAGGGAGGAAAGAGAGGGGAGAAAAAAACAAAAGGAAAAGUAACUCAAGAAAGAAAGAGAGAGAACGAGAGAGAAAGAGAGCGAGAGAAGAAGAGAGAGAGAGAGACCCUAUUUGUUUUGCUCUGAGUUGGAUCGCGGAGGCUGUGUGACCGCAGACUGCACCUGAGAAGCUGUCGGGCUGCGCGUGUGUUUCAAAGUUGGAUUUUCUAAUUUCGGCGAGACCCGGACUCGAGAGGUCCGUCUCUGGAGGUCUUUUUUCGGGGGGUACUAUUACCGGCUCAAAGUGGUGUUAGAUCCGAGGGUCUCUCAACUUUUUCCGCCCCGUCGUCAACUUCGCCGCGCGACCGAGCAACAGUUACCUUUUUUUUUUUUAGUUCUUUUUUAAAAACGUGAUUCCCGUGUCACCGGUGAAGUAGUCAUUCAGGCGUCGCAUGGACGCCCUGCUUCCACUCAAAGUGAAGUCCCGGGCGACGUACAAGUUCGCUGCAGCCUAGUUUGAUCCGUGGAUCACCUUUUUAUUAGUUUGUUUUUUUUAGCCCGCGUCGGACACCGGAGGAGAAAGUUGUGACCGGGGGGGGGGGGUGUCCUCAGUGACUCUUACCGGGAUGGGAAACGCUUCGCUGCCCCGCAGUAGUCGCUGCUAGCCUCGCUCUUCCACAAUAAGACUGAAUUAACGCGCUCCCGGGGGCCUCCCGUGAAGCUACGUUAAAAUCCCGGUUUGUCGGCGCGAGGAAAGAGAGAGAGAGAGAGAGAGACCAACGGCCGCGCUAUUAAAACUGGAUACAAAAUGGCGGCGUCCCUGGGACGACUUGGAUAUGUUUCUCCCUGUGUUUUUUAUUUCAUUUUGUCGGCCGGACUGUUCGCCGGUUUCGGGUUGAGUUCCGGCGUGCCGUGCGCUCAGAACUGCACCUGCAGCGGGGACUCGGUGGACUGUAGUGGCCUGGAGCUGACGGCGACGCCUCCGGACCUGCCCGUCCGGACCGCUUCCUUGAACCUCGGCCACAACAAGCUGACCUCCAUCGACGUCGACGUGUUUGACUCCCUCCCCAACUUGAGAGAGCUGCGGCUUGAUCACAAUGAGCUGACCUCCAUACCGGAUUUAGGCCAGGCUGCUUCCAAGAUUGUAUCCCUCUACCUGCAUCACAAUAAGAUCCGCGGUAUCGACGGCAGGCGGACCCGAGAGCUGGCGUCCGUGGAGACCCUGGACCUGAGCAACAACGACAUCGCCGAGCUCCGGGGCCACUGCUUCCCCGCCGGCCUCCAGAUCCGAGACCUGUACCUGAGCAACAACAAGAUCAGCGCGCUGGAGCUCGGCGCUCUGGACCACCUGGGCUCCACGCUGCAGGUCCUGAGGCUGAGCCGGAACCGCAUCGGCCAGAUCCCCGUGAAAGCCUUCCAGCUCCCGCGGCUCGUCCAGCUAGAGCUGAACAGGAACCGCGUCCGUCAGGUGGAGGGUCUGACCUUCCAGGGUCUGUCCAGCCUGGAGGUGCUCAAGCUGCAACGAAACAGCAUCACCAAGCUGACCGACGGGGCCUUCUGGGACCUGGCCAAGAUGAAAGUCCUCCACCUGGACUACAACAGCCUGACGGAGGUGAACAGCGGCUCGCUGUACGGCCUGACCUCCCUGCAGCAGCUCUUCCUCAGCAACAACUACAUCGCCCGCAUCAACCCCGACGGCUGGAAGUUCUGCCAGAAGCUCAGAGAACUGAAUCUGUCGCACAACAACCUGACUCGUCUGGAUGAAGGCAGCCUGGCCGUGCUGGGGGACCUCCACUCGCUCCGUCUGGGCCACAACUCCAUCAGCCACAUCACAGAGGGGGCCUUCAGGGGCCUCAAGGCCGUACGCGUCCUGGAGCUGGACCAUAACGACAUCUCGGGCACAAUAGAGGACACCGACGGGGCCUUCUCCGGACUGGACAGCCUCAACAAGCUGACUCUGUUUGGAAACAAGAUCAAGUCGGUGGCCAAGAAAGCCUUCGCUGGCCUGGAGACCCUGGAACACCUGAGCUUGGGAGAGAACGCCAUCCGGUCCAUCCAGCCCGACGCCUUCAGUAAGAUGAAGAACCUCAAAACCCUGCUCGUUCAGAGCGACAGCUUCCUGUGUGACUGCCAGCUCCACUGGCUGCCCGGCUGGCUGGUGACCCGCGGCCUGCAGGCCGGGGUCAACGCCACCUGCGCCCACCCGGAGAGCCUGAAGGGCACGAGCGUCUUCCAGGCUCCGCCCACCAGCUUUGUGUGUGACGACCUCCCGAAGCCCCAGAUCACCGUGCAGCCGGAGACCUCCGUCACCGUCCUGGGCAGCGACGUGCGCCUCACCUGCACGGCGGCCAGCAGCAGCAGCUCCCCGAUGACCUUCGCGUGGCGCAAGGACCAGGAGCUGCUCCGCCACGGCGAGACGGAGAACUACGCCCACGUGCGCGCCCACCACCGCCACCGCGGCGCCGCGGCGGCCGACGGAGUGAUGGAGUACACCACCAUCCUGCACCUGCGCCACGUCACCUUCGCCCACGAGGGCCGGUACCAGUGCAUCAUCACCAACCACUUCGGCUCCACCUACUCCAACAAGGCCCGCCUUGUCGUCAACGUCCUGCCGUCCUUCCUGAAGACCCCGCGCGACGGCACCAUCCGGACGGGCCACACGGCGCGGCUGGAGUGCGCAGCCGAGGGCCACCCGGUGCCGCAGAUCGCCUGGCAGAAGGACGGCGGCACGGACUUCCCCGCCGCCCGCGAGCGCCGCAUGCACGUCAUGCCCGACGACGACGUGUUCUUCAUCAUGGACGUCAAGCCCGAGGACAUGGGCGUGUACAGCUGCACCGCCAGGAACACGGCGGGCACCGUGUCCGCCAACGCCACCCUCACCGUGCUGGAAACCCCCCACCUGGCCCAGGACCUGGAGGACCGCAGCGUGGUGGUCGGGGACACGGUGGCGCUGCAGUGCAAGGCGCUGGGCAGCCCGCCGCCGCGCAUCACCUGGCUGCGCAACGACCAGCCGCCGCCGUCCGACCGCCACCACUUCACCGGGCAACCGCUGCUGGUCAUCGGCUGCGGCGCUGGAGGACGCCGCCGCUACACCUGCCUCAUGUCCAACACGCUGGGCACGGAGCGCGCCCACAGCCAGCUGGCGGUGAGCCGGCGCCGGGGCCCCUGCACGCCGCCGGGGCCCAGCACCGUCACGAUAGGCAUCAUCGUCAUCGCCGUGGUGACGAGCAUCGUGGCGACGUCGCUGGUGUGGGUGUGCAUCAUCUACCAGACGAGGAAGAAGAGCGAGGAGUGCAGCGUCACCAACACAGAUGAGACGACCGUUCCUCCAGACGUGCCCAGCUACCUCUCCUCCCAGGGCACGCUGUCCGAGCGGCAGGACGCGUGUAUCCGCGUGGAGGCCGGCGGCGGACCUCAGCCCAACGGACACAUCGCCGACCCCUCAGGUUUCGACGGCGCGGUCGUGUGCGCGGACUGCAUGGAGAGCGGCAGCAGCUACUCCAAAGAUUCGGACUACCUGACGCACGGCCGGCCGGAGUACCAGCAGUACUCGGUUCCCCCGCCUUACUCCCACUGCUACCCGGGGGAGCCGCAUCGCGCCGCCGCGCUCUGCAACGGGACGCCCAACGGGAUCCGGAAAAAUAACCACGACACGCUACGGCCGAGCCAACGGGAAAGAACCGCGAGCCGGGCGGGGCCGACGCCGGCGCGCCCCCCGUCGCCGGAGGACUCCUUCCACAAGCCGGUGAAGCUGCCCGGCGACUCGGGUCUCGACGGCGACCGCGAGUCUGACCUCAGGCGGACUCUGCUGUCCAACGGACACGCCCCUCACGGCCUCUCCGAGUGAGAGCGCCCCCCCCCCCCCCGAGGAGAACCGGCGACUAGCAGGCGCUCCUUCCGGAGAGCGGACUUUAUUUUUUAUUUUCUUCUUCUUCUUUUGCACUGGGAAAAUAAACUGCUACCUCAUGUCGAGGCGAUUUGAUCCCCGAGCCUCCCGGACCUGGACUGAAGGGAAG